GUCAUUGCGCGCGCCAGAGGCCACUCGGCUCUAUUUAUCCAACAAGUGCCAGUCCGUUUCUCUCGUUCUCUCUCUCUCUGGGACCGUUCAACGAUUUUUUUCUUUCCCUUUGAAAUGUCAAAUACGCAUGCUAGUUACAUUAAAACGACAGCGAAGCGGAGGAACGUGUUGACAUAAACCUAGUAUGUUUAUUGACCAGACGCGCCAACUUCUUGGGGAUAAUUGAAAAUGGCGAUGUGCUUGUUAAAACGUUUGCGGCGUCCCGGUCGUUAAGGUGUCAGCAGUUGUCAUUUUUCCUCUGGUUUUCUUUAUUUUGAGUUGAAUUUUAGUUUAAUUGCUUUAGGCUAGUUUAAAUAAAACCACUAAUCACAACUAAACGAUUCGGUUAAGGAGGUGUGUUGCCGUAGAGAGUUUUGACAGGAAAGUAAUGGAAAAUGAUGAGCCCGCAUCACCGGACCCGAACCAUGACAGCACUCAGAGUAAAAGAGCUCAGAUUGAGGUGAUCCCAUGUAAGAUCUGUGGAGAUAAGUCAUCAGGGGUUCAUUAUGGAGUUAUCACUUGUGAGGGCUGCAAGGGCUUCUUUCGCAGAAGUCAGUCCUCCAGCGUGCAGUACUCGUGCUCCAGACAGAGCAACUGCCCCAUUGACCGUGCCAGCCGUAACCGCUGCCAGAGCUCCCGCCUCAAAACUCCAAAUAAAAUUAUUGUUCUGUUUGUGUCUAUAGCUCAGAUUGAGGUGAUCCCAUGUAAGAUCUGUGGAGAUAAGUCAUCAGGGGUUCAUUAUGGAGUUAUCACUUGUGAGGGCUGCAAGGGCUUCUUUCGCAGAAGUCAGUCCUCCAGCGUGCAGUACUCGUGCUCCAGACAGAGCAACUGCCCCAUUGACCGUGCCAGCCGUAACCGCUGCCAGAGCUGCCGCCUCAAAAAAUGUGUCGCUCAGGGAAUGAGCCGCGACGCGGUGAAGUUUGGUCGUAUGUCUAAGCGUCAGAGAGACUCGCUAUUUGCAGAAGUCGAGAGACAUCGGCAGCAGCAGCGUCUUCAGGCCAACUCAGUCCAAGAGCCCCAGCCUCUCCCAGCCUACCGUACUGGCAAAGAGCCCAGAGAACAGUCACCACAUCUCAUCCCACCUCUACCUCCAGCUUUCCCUUACUCUGUAGAGCCUGAACUGCAAGGCUGCCCUCCAGAGGUGCAUCCAUACCUGGAGUGUCGCAUAGGCGAGGCCCAGGCUCAUAGUCUGGCCUACAGGGGCUCCCACAGGAGAGGUGAGAGCAACAGCUUAUCAGCUGGGAGAGGAUUUGACUCUACAAGGUCUACACCAGAGGCUAUUCUGAACAUGAGCGGCAGUGAAAUGGGGUUUCGUCCUUUUGACCCUGAGAGCUCGUUCUUUUCUUACCCAACAUCUCUGCACAUAGAGGAGCUCUCUGCAAGUAUCGUACGUUCUCACAGAGAGACGACUCAGUAUCGGCCGGAGGAGCUGCAGGCUCUCAGAUGGAAGGUUUUUAGCAGGGAGGAGAUCCACGCUUACCAGAGCAAAUCGGUGGAUGAGAUGUGGCAGCACUGUGCAGUGCGGUUGACCGAUGCUGUUCAGUAUGUGGUGGAAUUUGCUAAACGUAUCCCAGGAUUCCGUCAGCUUUGUCAGAAUGAUCAAAUUGCUCUCCUCAAGAGUGGGUCCAUGGAAGUGGUUCUGGUUCGGAUGAGUCGGAUGUUUAACACAGAAAACAACACAGUAUUUUUUGACUGCAAAUUUGCAGGAACAGAACUUUUCAAAUCCCUCGCAUGCGGUGAUCUAAUAGCUGCUCUAUUUGACUUUGCUCACAAUCUGUGUGCGCUGAGACUGACUGAACAGCAGAUAGCAGUGUUCACUGCGCUGGUCCUCCUCAAUGCAGAUCGACCGUGUCUGGAAGACAGAGAACGAGUGCAGAGAGUAAGGAGAGAUGUGGAGCUUGCCCUAAGUCACAUUCUGCACAGAGACAAUCAGGAGAGUCUACUGCAUAAGCUGUAUCAAAGAGUCCCGGUGCUGAAGUCUCUGUGUGCACUGCAUAUUGAGAAACUGCGAUGGUUCCGGCAGCUUUACCCUCUCACGGUGCAUUCCCUCUUCCCUCCGCUAUACAAAGAGCUGUUCGUCUCUGACACAGAUAUACAGACACUGACUACUCAUUGAACACACACACACAGACACAUUUUAUUUGCAGAUGCAGAAAUGAAAUGACAUCGCACACAAUACACAAACACACCCACAGUUACAUAUAGUGUAAGCGGUCUAGAUCUAAAUAUAUUAUCUACCUGCUGAAGAAUUUAAAUAUAUUUUUGUAACUCUCAGAAGAACAGAAAAUAAUAUUAACAGAACUAUGCAGUAUUUUGUGCAAAUUCUAUUCUGUAGGCCAAAAGCAAAAUAUUACUACAAAUGCUAUUCAGUAUUCUUAAGCUUGUUUUUGUCUGAGGAUGUAUUUUAAUGUUUUUGAAGUUUUCAAUGAUCCUAGCUGAUAUAAAGAGCUUUAGCUCUGAUCAUUAUUAUGUGAUUUAUAGAGCUGAUCAGUUUUGAUACCAGCAAACAGCAGAUCGUUAAAAAAGGAACUGGUAUUUUUGAACUAACGGCAUCAGUUAGCAACUGGGGAUUUUCAAGCUUCAUUUACAACAUUAGAGUCUCCUUCUGUCCUCCCUCUUGAUUUCUCAGGCGGUACAGAGACAUGAAUGCUUAAUGAUUUCUGCUACUUAUAGCCUAUUACAUUAUUGCAUUAAUUUAAAUAUGAUCGUCUAUUUUGACACCUUUUGUGUCAGCCUUUUUUUUGUACUCCCCUCCCGUUAAAGCUUGUCUUGGCACUUAUAAUGCUUAUCUUUCAUUCUUUUCACAUGGAUUUGAAAAGAACCUGUUGCUUCACAAUGGAUUGUGUUCUUGAAAUCAUCAUUCCCUUCAAACAGACCAUCUUAAGAUGUGUUUUUGGAUUUUUCUCUGUUUUCUUGGAUUCACUCACUCAAAUAAUUAUCAAACUUGCAGAUUUGACUGUUUAUGCUCAAGGUUCUAAAAAAAUUAUAGAAUACUUCUAUGAAAUAAAAUAUAAUGCUCUUAUUCAAUAUGCUUGUGUAGACACUUAGAUUGACAA